AAAUGUUUUAGUUUCUUUAGAUGUAUCCUAUUUUCAUUUUAUUUUAGUAUUAACAGACUUCCACUAGCCACUUACUUCCAGUAUCAAAUCAAGAUGUCCUCCUCUCGAAGUGAUCACCAGAAUGAUGAAAAUGACAUUAUUGACAAGUGGGAAAUCUAUUUCCACAAAAACAUUAAAGCAGAGUAUGAGCAUAUGAAAAAAAUAUUAGCUUUAAAGUAUAAAAUAGUGGAAAUUGAACCUUUAAUUAUUGAAAGGGAAGGAUUCCCAAAUCAAGAAAAUGUAUCUCAACUCUUCAAAAUUACUGAGGCAACUUUAACUGACACAGAAUAUUCAAAACUAAAUACUGAUUCCAGUGUAAGGAAAAGUGAUCAUAUUUCAAGACAGUUUUUGGAGGUUGACAAGUGUAUAUUCUAUUUCAAUAAACAACUUAAAUUUGAUGGUGAGUCAAUAAAGAAAAUAACUAUUUUAAAAUUUAAAAUUGUUUUAGUUGAACCAUUAAUUGUUGAAAGUGAAGGGUUCCCAAAACAAGAGAAUUUACUCAAAAUAACUGAAAUUCUGAGGAAACAUGUUGCUAACAAAGAUAACCAAGAGAACAACUGUUAUUCAGAGUUACAGAAAAUAGGUUCAAUCUUAAAAAGUAAUGAUCCUCUUGAAAGUCAAGAUGUUGAUGAAAUAUCUUCAAUACUGGCGGAUGUGCACAUUAACGAUGGAAUGCAAUUUCAAAGUGGCCACUUUGGUAGAGAAAAUAUAACUAAUCCUCAAAAGAGUGAUGAUCUGUGUGAUCAGAAUGUUGAAAACUGUGAAGAUAAUUUUCCUUCAGCUUCAGAAAAAAUUGAUAGUGUAAAUCCUCAAGGAGCAUCUUCAGAAUUAAACCAGUCUUCAUCAUCUAGUGAUGAUGAGAGUCAAACUGAAAGCCGUAAUAAUCCAUUACACUACAGGAGAACACAGCUAGAUGAAGAUAAACAAAUUCCUGUUGAACAUCACAGUGAAAAACAUAGAAAAAAUAAUAGUAGGGUCCAAGAAGCAGUUGUAGAACAAAAUAAAAAUACAAAAUUUAACUCCUCAAAAGAUUUAUGCAUAGAUGAAGGCAAAAAAGACAUCAGUGUGGACAGACACAAGCAAGUCAGUGGCAGUUAUGAUAUAAAAAAUCAAAACAAAAUGACUUUCAUGCCAAUAGCAAAGCAAAAACUGGAAGCAGCCAAAAUAUUCUAUGAAGAUACAGAGUAUGCUUUAUAUUUGAAGUCUUUUGUUAAAAUUGAUGAUGAUUAUGGAAUAGAAUAUCUCCCCGAAGACAAAAAAGUGCUAGAUUUCUUAGCAAAACUGAAUGACUUUGAAGUUAUUGAAAUAAAUGCAAGGUUUGAUAUCAGUAAAAUAGAAAAACAUUUCCCUGGCAUCAGGGCAGUUUAUGCAAAAGAUCUUUUAAGAAUUAUGGGUCGAAAGGCACAAGUUUUGUCUGCAUGCAAAGCACUCAGAAAAACUCAAAAUGAAUCUAACACACCAACAAGUGGAAAUGUCUGUUAUAGGCCUACAGAUAGAGAGAAAAUAUUGUCCAGUCUAGAGACACCAAGAGAUGAUCAAUUGUCAUCUUUGAAGCACCAUAGUUCAGUUGAACAAGAAAUUAAUUUAGUAAAAUUUAAAGAUGAGGAUGUUGAAAUGUGCAGUGAUGAUACUGAAUCAGAAACAGCACAGACAUAUGUUUCUAUUGAAAUGAAAAAAUUCAGAGCAGCCUGUGUGUUUUAUAAAGACACUAAAUAUGUUUCAUAUUUAACAUCUGCACUACAAUCAAACAAUGAUUAUGCAAUAAGAUUUCUAACUAAAGAUAAAAAAGCACAAAAGUUUUUAACUAAACUGGAUGAUUUUGAAUUAUAUGAAAUUGACUCAACAGAGCUAACAUUUUCUCUAAGUGAUUUUGUAGAGAAGAAAUGUCCCCACAUCAAAGUAAAAUCUUUUGAAAAAAAUAUUUUUACUCUUAUGGGUCAGAAGGAGGACUUGCUGUCUGCACACAAAAAAAUACUCUCUUUUAUUGACUACAAUAAUAAAAUAACUAAAAAUGUAGACAAACAGGCCUAUGAAAGAAACAAAGAGAAAAAGCUACAAAGCUUAGAAAAAUUUGAUGACACCAGAAAAAUGCUAAACCAACAUCAAAAAGAAGUUAAAACUCAACUUUCAAAUGAAAAGCUACAAAGCUUAGAAAAAUUUGAUGACACUAGAAAAAUGGAAAACCAACAUCCAAAAGAAGUUAAAACUCAACUUUCAAAUGAAAAGGAUAAAAAGCAACAAAAAAAUGUUGAUGCAAUUCCAUUAACAGAUAGUGAUAAAGGUGUAUCCAGUGAUGAAACUGAAUCAGAAGAAUCCUUUACUAUUGAAGAGAGAAAAUUUGAAGCAUUUAAAUUUUUUUAUAAGGACACUGUUUAUAUGUCAUUCAUAGAGUCUGCAGAAAAACAUAAAGGAGGUUAUGAAUUAACAAUCUCAUCAAAAGACAAAAAAGCACAAGAAUUCAUAACUGCUGUAAAAGAUUUUAAGAUAUUUGAAAUAGAUGCAAAAACAAAAGUUAACCAUAUUAUCAGUUCUCUUGAAAGAGAGCAUCCUAAAACCAAAGUAACAUGUUUUGGAAAAAAUGUUGUAACUCUUAUGAGUCAUAAAGAUCAUUUUCAGUCUGCUAAAAGUAAGAUCCUUUCCUUAAUUGGAAACAAUGAUGAAGAUACAACAUGGUCAGCUAAAGCUGAAUAUGCCACUGCAUCUCAUGAAGAGAAUGGAGCCAAAUCUCUGGGGAUGGGAAAUAAUCUAAAGGGAAGUGGAGAUUUUUCAGACUCAGAUGACAGUGAGGCUGAACACUCUUCCAAGUGGAGUCACAGAGAACAAAAGGAAGAUCCUUUAAGAAAGGAAAGUAGUAAACUACAGGUUGGAAGGAGAAUAAUAGACCGAUCUUCGUACCCCCCUGUUUUUGUUGGAUGCUCAAAACUGAAAGUAGUUGUUAUGAGAGAUGACAUUACACAACAAAAAGUAGACUGCAUAGUCAAUGCAGCAUCUAAAUCUCUAAAACACAGCCAUGGAGUGGCAGGUGCCAUAGCAAAAGCUGCAGGCCCAUCAAUGCAACAGGAAUGUGAUAAUUAUAUUUCAGUACACAAAGCUGUACCUGUUACUGGAAUUUUUGUUUCUGAUGCUGGUCUAUUAUCAGUACAAAAAAUUAUCCAUGCUGUUGGACCAAAAUGGGAUGACUACAGUGAACGAGAUAAGAAACGUUGUGAGGAAGAUUUACGAAGAACUGUCCUCAGGUGUCUGCUAGAGGCUUCAAAAAGGAAAUUGUCUUCUAUUGCCUUGCCUGCUAUCAGUUCAGCAGGGUUUAAGGUUCCAAGUCACCUCUGUGCUGUCAGCUAUGUAAAUGCUGUUAAACAUUUUGAUGUCAUCACAACAGAUUUACAUUUGCAUCCACUUAAAGAUAUUUGUUUCAUUGAUAUCAAUGACAAAAUGGUGAUGACCAUAACUGACUGUUUUAAAAAAAAUUGGGAAGAAGAUAUACUUGAGUAUGUGUAUAAAGAGGAUUUAGAAUUUGCAGUCAACCAUUUCAAGAAUGAUCAUUCAAAAUCAACUCACAAUCCUCAAAAUAGACCACGAGGUGGAAGCAGACCUAGAAACAUGACUGAGUCUCGACACUCAUCAAUAGGGAAAGAAUACAAAAUAGACAGUAUAAAACUUUAUCUAAGCCCUAAACCUGCUUUUGAUUUCAAGUCAGAUGUGGUUAUAAUUGGCAAGCCAUUCCAAAAAUUAAGUGGACUACAUAAUUUUGAUGCAAAAACUCUUAAAAAGAACACAGCAAAAACGAGUAGUAACCCAAAAGAAGUUAAACAUCUCUAUUCACAACUUAAAGGCAAACCUUGCCGUUGGGUAAGCCAAGUUAAAAUUCAAGGUUCAUCAGUAGAAGAAAUGGAAAAGGCUAUUAAAAAUCUCAAGUUUGCAAUUGCAGGACAGAUGUCUGUUGUCGUCACAAGCAACCUAUUUUAUUCAGAAGAGAAUAAACUCUCCAAAUCUGAGUGGUCCCAGGUUUUGAGUACAUUUUGUAAAAUUAUAUGCAAAUUCAUCAAGGAAUACCAAAAAGACAACUAUAUGCUGAAAUCUGUUACAAUAACAGCCAGUGAGGAAGCUAUUCCAGUAAUGAUAAAAGUUAUGGACUCAGUGUUGAGAAUCCCAGCAUUAGAUUUUGGAAAGCAGAACCCACCUAGUGGAAGGAAGACACCUACUCCUAAUGUUCCACCUCAGCCUGUAAAAGAUUAUGAAAACGAUUCAAAAUCUAAAAGAGAUUCAUCAUCCUCAACAAAUUCUCAGUCUGGUACUGUAGGACAUGGCUCUGGUGUUGGAAACAGCCAAGCUAAAUCACUGUACCCGAAGCUUACAGACGAGUCACAAUUACUAAAGGACAAAUCUCACUCUCUAGGAGCUACUGCUGAUAUCCAAAUGUACAAAGCUGGAACACCUGUUGACCGAAGCAAAGACUGUGAAAUCUGCUUUGAAAAUAAUGCUGUAGUUACCCUAGCAUGCUGCAAGAAAAAAAUCUGUACAACUUGUGACAAAAAAUGUCAGGCUUGUCCUUAUUGUCGUGAUCCAUUUGAUACAAUAACUGGCACACAGCCCGAUGGUACAAUGACUGUUAAAUUUUUACGCUACUCAGCUGCAGGCUAUGAACCUGCAGGUUCAUGGGAAAUCACAUACAGGUUCUCAUCUGGAAAACAAGAGAGCCAUCAUCCUAACCCUGGCCAAAUGUACUCAAGAGUUGAAAGAACGGCUUACUUACCAGAUGUAGCUGAAGGAUUUGAUAUUUUAAUACUAUUGAGACUGGCAUUUCUACGACGAUUAACCUUCACUAUAGGGAAGUCGUUGACAACCAACAAAGAUAAUGUUAUCACUUGGAAUGAUAUUCAUCAUAAAACUAGUUUAAAAGGUGGAAGCUUUGGCUAUCCUGAUUCAAAAUAUUUUCAAAGAGUCAAAGAAGAAUUAAGUGGAAAAGGAGUCUCCUUGGCAAAUCUCACUGAGGCAGAAAGGCGGGAUUUAGAUUAUUUUGCUAGCUGCAUUCGUAAAGACAAAAUGUUUUUUUGAAAUACAAAAUCAAUACACUUCUAAUUUAACUGAUUAAGAAUUGCAUCCAAAAACAUGAUGGUUAUCAGUCUUAAAUAUAUUUAGCAUGUUGGCUAAGUAGU